ACUUGUGCACCAUCUGUACUUCCACUUGCAGGAGUGGCAAGCCAAUCAGCGGGAGAGGACUAAGGAAUGGCAUGCAUAUCGUCAGAAAGAGGAAGCCGAGGAGGAAGCAAAAUCAAGUGAAUACCGAGAGAUUGGGAUGCGUAUGAAAGCAUACCCACAGGAAGAAGUUUGUAAAGCUAGGGUUUUAGUUUCAAGUUUCAUAAGAGCUGGUGAAGAUGUUGAGAAGGUAAUUGAGAAGGCUGCUGAAAGAGGAGAGCUUACCGAGCUUGUUCUCAUGGUCAUUUGGAAUCGACUUGAUGUUGCUCGGCGUGAUGAUGAGAAAGAUGCCAUCAGAAGCCUUGAUCUCUUGUACAGAAGGGUAGAGACUGAGAUUUUAAGAAGUGAAGCAACUCCCGCCAUGAGAUUACUUGAUGAACUUCUGAAUAUUCAUGAUGGCUCUGACGAUGACAAAUGGCUCAAGGCAUGUAGAAAGCACAUGAUUGAAGUUUUUCCAAGAGAGGACCCAUUCACCAUGGUCUUUCCUCCUGGGUUCGACAUGGAAAAACAUGAUGGGCAGAUCAAGCUGCCUCCCCAGGACGAUGACGUGCUUCUGAGAGUUGACUUUGUGAGGGAAGUCGAUGAGUUGCUGAAAGAAGUUGAAGCUGAGCAAGAAAAGAGUAAGCUGCAAACUGGAUACGACCCAGAGUCUGUUGCGACCAUGUUGAAACAGCAAGAGAAGCUGCGGACUAUAUGUCAAGUGGAAGCUCUCUUGGAGUUGGCAGCCACCCUGAAAUGGUGAGGACUGAACAGUAUCGUUUACUCUCUUGUGCGUAGACCCUAGAAGGCAUCGACUUGCCCGGAUGAUUUCACUAGAUCAGCGCUUGCAAGCUGUUUCUUUGUGGUUUCUGCUAGUUAGAGCUUAGAAACUGUUAACUAUUCAUAGUAGAGACGUGCCAUUCCUCUUCUGCAAAAAAGAAAAAUGCAUACAUUAUAUGCGUGGAGAUACGUAGUGAUGUACAUUUGCACCAUUGAUAGUGGGUUCCUUGCAACUGGAUA